AGGUACCUAUGCAAAUGGGGUUGUGCCGUUAGGUACCUCUACCUAGGUACCUAAGGUAGACACCUUCUCGUACCUCAUGCGAGCAGAAAGAUUAAACUGUGGUACUAAUACCUAGGUAUCUAGGUACCUCAGCGUCCCGCACGCUGUUUACCUCCUUCAUGUGGUCCCCGGACCUACCAGGCUCGAGACAAGCGCGUUGAGGGCUGAGCGGGUCGCGUUCUUACCAAAUUGUCAUCUUGGUAUGUUCUCCCCCCCCCCCUCCACAACUGUCUGUCCUCCACAUGCCGUCGCCAAAUCGUCCCGUUGAUCAUGACUCAGUUUAUGGCCUUUCCUACAUUUAAUUGCUCCUGUACGCAUCUUGCUGCGCCCUACCGGUUACCAAGUGCACAGUCUGCACAUAGGUACACGCGGACGCGCUCUGCAUAAAGUGGCCAGCUUGACCUGGCGUGAUGCUCGACGGUUGACCAACUAACCCACAUGGCCACCUCGAUUCCUCCCGCCCCGAACGGCGACGGUUCCCACGAAAGCGACUAUGGGUCCGACUUUUCUGCUGGGGAGGAGGGGAUUGUAAAUAGGCUCCUCGAUGGCCUUAGCCAGACAGCGCCUUCACUCCCUCUCGAGAAUGGAGACGAGCACCGCCAGACCGGGAGCGGCCAGUGCAUCGAGGCUGUGGCACCAACAAUUGUCCGCACCCAGGACUCAGUCCGAUACCCAGACCUUAUCCCAGUCAUAUUGGAUGCUAGGCCCCGUAUAACUCCUUCCCCGAGAUCUCGUCUCACGCCUACGACCCCUCUCAAGGAUUCACGAUCCCCCCUACAACGCUUUCGUUCCUUUCCGAGGAAGCCGCUCACUGUCUCCGACUUGGCCUCGGGUGCCUGGUGUGAGUUGCAAUAUUGGUACACACUGAGUCUUCUGCCCGGGGGAAGAAAGACGAGAACGGCAGCAAUGCGGGGGGGGACCCGCGUUCACCAAACCUUAGAGGACCAGGUACACACUACGGUUCAAGUGAGCGUAACCAACAAGGAGGAAGCGUUUGCGCUAAGGCUAUGGAACGUCAUCCAGGGACUGCGGACGCUUCGGGACACCGGGAUGACCAGGGAACUGGAAGUGUGGGGGGCUAUUGAAGGUCAAAUUAUAAACGGCGUCAUUGACGAACUGAGCGACAGGAGCCCAAACCCCGACUUUGAACGGGAACUGAACCUGUCUGAACCGUUCGAUAGCACUGCCGCGUCCCAGCCGAAUCACCAGGGAUCCAUGUCAGAUAAUCUGGACACGCAUCAGAGAAGAUUUUAUUUAACCGAUGUCAAAACGCGAGGAUCAGAUCGGUUACCUAAUGGAGCUGCCCUCAGGCCCGCUAGGGUUCAACUGUUCCUGUAUCAUCGGCUCUUGGGGGGCAUGGCCGCUGGUGUGGUAAAAUUUGCUGACGUAGUAAAUCGGUAUGGCCUUAGGGCCGAGGCCUUGUUUUCCGAUGCUUUCAUGGCUCAGGUUGGCAAUCUUCACGACGAAGUAUUUUAUGACGCAGAUUCGGAUUUGGAAUCAACAUCCCCCUGCCCUGAGGAUUCCACCGAGACACCGGACAGGCCAUUCUCGAAUCGGUCAUCGCAGAACACGCCCCCCCAAGAUCUGAUAAGGUACCGGUCCAUCACACAAAUACUUCCAUUACUACAAUCUGAACUACGAGAGACUUUUCCUCGCGGUGCUGCUAGCCUGGGCGAUCUCGUUGCCGUCCAAUAUCGGCACAGGGACGACGGUCGCAUAAUCGGGAACAACACGUUCCCGAACGACCCCGAAGCGUUGGAUGCAUAUAUUGGUCGGUGUCUGGAAUGGUGGCGGGGAGAACGCGACGGCGAAGGUGUAUCGAUCGAGGAGACCUACAAGUGUCGGUCGUGUGAAUUUGCCGAGGCGUGCCAAUGGCGCAUGGAUAAAGAAGCCGAAUUCUGGAAGAAACGAGCAACCGAUCGUAUUUCAGCUGCGUAACUAGCUGGUGACUGGUAUAUUUUUGUCGCCCAGGUCCGAGCCUGCUGUGUUUGCAGCUGCUAUACCACUCUGCAUGCCGUCGAUAAGAACUUGGGUGGUUAGGGACUGGUUAGCGGGAUUUCUCCUGUCUACUCUGUGCUAGGGCGAUAUAGUCUAAGGGUUUCUGAUCUCCCUAGUCAUAUCAACGGCUGGUCUGCAUACAUAGACAUGGAGAUGAUUCUCGAUUGGCCAUUAGUCGGACGACCUCCUCAAAGCGGUUGGUCGGGUUCUCGGGUCUGCUUAGGGAAGACGGAUACCUAAGACAGAGAGUGCCGUCCCGGGAAAGGUGUUAUGAGCAUACACAUACACAUUUCACCCUUGAAAUUUUACAUCUACGUGUGGCCGUAGGCUUUAGGAUUCUCGGCCGAUCCGCAAUUAGAGAUAAUUGUUUUAUCAAUAAUCUUGACACUGAACGUACCCCUAUCUAUGCAUAUAGUCGUACUUUAUGAUGACUUCUCCGUUGAUUGACG